AUGGCCCAGCAUCCAGAGAACCAAGCAGCCUGGCUGACAGCUUCCAAAGCCACACCUCUCGAGGUCGGCCCAGCGCCAUACACUCCCCCCGGACCUGGGCAGCUCGUCGUCCCAGUUCCUCGGCGACGGCAUCCUCCCUCACAUCCGCUACCCACCAUCUUUGGCGAAGACGUCUCUGGCACCGUCAUCGCCAUAGGUGAAGGCGUAACGCGCUUCCGCGUCGGCGACCGCGUCCUAACCAUGGCCGGCCUCAUCCCCUCCAACAACACCCCCGAAGGCGCCUUCCAGCUCCUACACCGUCCCCUCAUCGUCGCCGGCCUGGGCUUGUUUGGGAAGGACUACCUCGGCCUCGACCUUCCGACCGUCCCCGCGCGUCCGGCGGACGGAUCCCGCGUCGUUAUCAUCGCAGGCGGGGCGUCCUCCGUCGGUGGCACAGCGGUGCAACUCGCCGCUGCAGCGGGGUACGAAAUCGUCUCCACCUCCUCGCCCAAGAACUUCGACCUCGUCAAGAGCCUGGGCGCCGCGCACGUCGUCGACUAUAACUCCCCGACCGUAGGAGACGAGCUGCUCGCCGUGCGCGGGAGGCAGCUGUUCAUCGCCCGUGCCGAGGGGAAACACAGCGUUGAAGAGGGCGGGGAGGUCGAGGUGAAGUUCAUCCUUGUUUCUCCAGAGGUUAUUGGGGCGGAGACACCUCUGAGGCCGAUCUUUGAGGAGUAUUUGCCGAGGGCGCUGGUGGAACGGCAGUUUGUGCCGAGACCGAAGCCGGAGGUUGUGGGCACGGGACUGGACAAGAUUCAGGAUGCGUUGGAGGUGCUUCGGAAGGGGGUGUCAGCGAAGAAGAUCAUUAUGCAACUCUAG